GGUGAUAGCUCUCUUACUCCAAUCGACAUUUCAUCAUGCAUUUCCUCGUUCAAUUGUUACUCGUCUCGACCGCUGGCGCUGCAUCUCUACUCGAGCCUGACGGUCCUUACCGCGUUGGCUUCACCCAAUUUAUCAUCCCGCACAUUACUCCUGACGAUCCUACUCCAGGACCGGGCAACGAGCUACUCGCCCACCUCUACUACCCUACACGUAACACCUCCAGUCUAUCACCCGUGCCAUACUUCGACCCGCGCAGCGCGGCGAUCUGGAACCCUCUGCUGGAGCUCCCUGAGGGCUCGCUGAAUAAGCUGACGACCGGCCUGCUUGGCAACGCGAGCUUCCUGGACGCUCCGACCGGGCAUCCGACCAUUCUGUUUUCCCCUGCCGCAGGCUUCAACGCCUGGAUGUACUACGGGCUGCUGGCGAACCUAGCAUCCAACGGCUACACCAUCCUCGCCAUCGACCACCCGGGUGAGCCGCCGGCGUUGCGCUGGCCCAACGGGACAGAGACCAUCGGCUUGAGUGUCGACGUCAACUUCACCGCAAGCCUAACUCGCGAGGUCCACACGUACCGGGUCGCUGAUCUGGCGGCAGCGCUAUCCUGGUUCUCCGCGUUCGUGCGCAGGACGGACGCCCCGUUCAACACGUCGCAAUUCCUUGUGCUGGGUCAUAGCAUCGGCGGCUCGGCCUCGGUCACGUUUGCCCCCGGCCAUCCGAAGGUGAGGGCCGCGGUCAACAUCGAUGGGGGCUUCUCCCAGCACGAGACGGUUGUGACUGACGUCGGCCGACCGGUCUUCCUGAUGAGUAGCAUCAAUCACACGAUACAGUACGAUCCAUCAUGGGGUGAGUUCCAGGAACAUCAGACCGGCUGGUGGGAGUACAUCAGCAUCUAUGGCUCCGGGCACCUGGACUACUGCGAUAUCGCAAUGUGGAAAGACGCCCUGGGCUUCGGCCCUUUCGUUCAGGAACAGUUUGGCCCGGUUGGCGGAGUCCGGACGACGCGGAUUGCUCGGAAGUAUGUUGGCGAUUUCUUCAGGUGGGUAGAGGGGGGAGACAAGGGAGUGAUAGCAACACCGAGUUUGGAAUGGAGAGAGGCUGUAUACGUUAAUGGGAGCGACUUCGCGGACGUGUAAAGGAAGGGCGAGCAUUUUAUAGACGUAAAAAGCGCGCGGCUUGAUCGGGCGGGGAGCGAUACCUAAUAUAGAUAAGCGAGGGAUUACACUAAACCCAAAGAUGGAGUCCUCGAUCAGAGAUUUCAGCUUAUCACCCGCACCUGCCAACUAUCCUCCUCGUGUUUCUCCGCUCAAAAAUCUCAAUGCAGGUGCCUCUGCUGCUCUGUUUCGUCUUAGGAGGUGUCGUUACCGGAAACCUACAAUGGGUAAGGUUCGUUAACAAUCAUUCGAGUUUGGGGAGACGGAGUGAUGGUUAUUAUCCUGAAAUUGCCAUUUAUGGGACCGAUUAUAUCUUCAAGGAAGCAUAUGGGAAUAACUUCAAGUGAUGUAGCUCUGGAGCUACAUUCCUCACUGCUACGGCCCUUGUGCAGGGGAAACUUGCUGUAGUGGCGACACUGGGA